AAAAACAUGUAUUUUUUCUUUUAAUUUUCUUAUUUAAAUUUUAGGACAGAAAUUCCACGUCUCCUUUGGAAUCCAAGUGUUUCCUACAAUUGCUCUCUUCCCAAAUCGCCACCAAAACAAAAUAAAAACAAUAAUAAUAAAGAAAAUUACUUAUAGAUUUUUGUGAUACGCCUGCAGUUGUUGUUCUCAGUCUAAGAUCACCGUCGAGGUCUUCCCCAUUCAAUCAAAGCACAAAAAUGGAGGUGACUGUUUUCACUCCUGCACUGGAAGGAAUUAAGCUUGUAAAAUCAGAGCAAGGAGAAAUUUUGACCCAGCCUUUCUUGGAUGCUUGCAAGCAUAUACUUCCUGUUAUAGAUAAGUUUGGAGCUGCUAUGGCCCUUGUUAAAUCUGACAUUGGUGGUAACAUAUCGAGAUUGGAAUCUAAGUACUCCUCCAAUCCAACCAAAUUCAACUACCUGUACAGUUUGGUACAAGUUGAGGUUGAAACUAAAACGGCUAAAUCAUCAUCCAGUUGUACCAAUGGACUUCUUUGGCUUACAAGAGCAAUGGAUUUCUUGGUGGCAUUGUUCCAAAACUUAAUUGAGCAUGCAGAUUGGUCAAUGUCACAAGCCUGUACAGAUUCCUAUAACAAGACUCUAAAGAAGUGGCAUGGCUGGCUUGCAAGUUCAAGCUUCAGUGUAGCGAUGAAGCUUGCUCCUGAUAGGAAGAAAUUCAUGGAGGUGAUACAAGGCACUGGUGAUAUCAGUGCUGAUAUACAGAAAUUUUGUACUGACUUUUCUCCUAUCUUUGAAGAGAAUCACAAGUUUCUGGCUCGUUGUGGUUUGGAUGAUAUGAAGGCGUCAUGAAGUCACGGAUUCAUGAUCAGAAGUCUCUUGAUGAAUGGCUCUUGCAUUCUUACUCUCAUGUUGAGUACUUAAACUUUAUGUUUCUUUGUUGGCAUCCAGACCCAGUAACAUGAUAAACAUUCUAUAACUUUAAUCAUGUACCGCAGAUUUCUUGUUUUGUGCUUUGGUGGUAUAGAAUCAUGGGAUAUAAGCACAAUUUUGCUUGGCUAGAAAAAACUUGAACACUAGUUUCGCAUGUUGUUAAUUUAUUUUAUAAAAACACAAACUAUUAGUUUUGAGGCUUAGUGAUACUUUUAUUUUCCUUUUCA